AUGGAUUUCCGCACCGCGGUUUUCUUUCUCUGCACGACCGCGACGCUUCUUUCCACGACGUGCGCCAUCGCCGGGUUCCUCCCGUUUCUCUCCCCGACUUUUUUUCCUCUUCUGCGAUUUCAUAUUCAGAGAACGUAUCGAGUGGCGUUUUUCAGCGCGUGCUUGGCGUUUAUCUAUAGGAUUGGAUACACGUUGAAGAAGCUGACAGGAGGAGUCACGACGCAGGAACAAAUGAGGAAAGAGUUGAAUGCGGUCACGAGUUCGAAUGGGUUUCAGUUGACGAUGUUUUCCGUGAUAUUUGCUUUUUAUUCGAGACCGCUAAUAAUCGCCUUGUUUCCGAUAUGCGUGCCAGCCUUGUAUCAGUGGUUUACCAUCGUGCAUAAGAUUUUUCACAGCGAAGACGGGAAGAGUUUGUAUACGAAAGUCGGCAUGAGCAGAAUCUUUUCAUUCUUGCAAGAGAAGAUGCACGUGGCCUUGAGCUUGAGCGCGUUGAUGGAAAUAGUCAUAUUGGCGGUUAUCGUGACCGACUCCGUGAGGAAGAGAAGCGUAGGCAAAACGUUCAUGUACGUGAUGUGGUUGCGAAGCAGGUAUCAGUGCGAAGAUAACACGGUUUUCAGGAUCAAAUACACGUAUUACAACACCGGGUAUUAUCACAAAGAGGCUUGGAAAAGUUUGAAUCAAAAUUUGUUCGCGCCUCUGACGUCGAGAGUCCCGGCAUUGCAACGCGUGAGCGACGGGAUAGCGAUGGCGUUUACGCAACCGAGAAGUAGGGGCAUUUAG